CUUGAUUGCAUCAAUGAUGAUAAUCUUAUCGCCAGGCUCAUCUCGUAAUCGAGUUCCGCUCGCACCUUGGGCAGUACCUUACCGACGGAUACCGAGCAACUCGCAGAACGCUCGAUAGAAGCACAAGGAUUCAUCUUGAUUCUGUAUCUCUCGGUCCAUUCAUCCAUCUGUAGUAGCCCCAAUCGCGGGUAGGCAACUACUCUGCACUGCAGCCCUGAUUUUCACCAUCACCACGAUCCACUUCCGCGCAGCAGCGCACCCAGACACCCUAUCAUGAAUCCAGAAGUCAAGAAUAAAGAAGAGACGGCGCAGACCGAAGCGCCCAGUAAGCCUGUGGCGAAGCCAAACCCGGUCGCCGAGUCGGACGAUGAGAUUGCGUGGAUGGAGCCACCAAAGCCUCCUCAAGACCAGCCGCGCGGAAAGAUCAGCAACAGCACAUCUGCGUUCAUCCGUCCGCCCAAACCGCGCCCUUCACCACGAUAAACCGCUGCACACCAGUCAUACUGAGCUACUCACACUGUAUUUAACAUUAUAUUUCUGACUCUGCAAUCGGGCUAAGAUGAACUACAAGCACUGAU